AAACAUGAUGUUAGCACAGCAAUGUUGGAAAGAGCUGUUUUAUACUUUCCUUCAAUGAUACUGUUGUUGGUCGAAAAAUGUGAUAUUCAACUUGAUUCUGAUGUUGCCGAGGAUCCGUUUCUUCAAGAAACGUAUGUAUGA